UGGGGGCAGAAAAGUAUCCGUUGAAAAAUUGAACGUUAAUCCCUUCAUCACAGAACAGAGCAGAAUCCGAUACCAGACCCACCUGCUAUGAAUAAAUGCUCCCUCUUAUUCUUUCCCUACUCAACUCAUCCACACUGAAUUCAGAAAAGAAAAGCAAGUAAUUAAGAAGAAGAAGAAGAAGAAGAAGAAGAUCGAAGAUGGGUAUGGUGGUUGUGAUCUCUCUCCCUUUCAUAAUCUUCUGCUUCCUUCUUGGAUUUGGAUGUUUCUUUUUUGGAAAAGCAAGAGGAAGGAGAGAGAUGCAGAGCAACCCACAAGUUUAUGGAAUGCCAGCUCCACCCCCAGGCGCUUCUCCUGUCAAGCCAGAAAACACUCAUAAUGUUUGAUUCACUCCAUUUCUCUCUUCUGUUUGCACAAAUAUACCUCAUAUAUAUGUAUUUCCUUCUUCUUCUUCUA